AUGGAGCCUCUGGACAGGACAGGCUGGACACUGCUCUCUGGUGACCCCAACACCUCCACUCCCAACCUGGGGUAUCACUACUCCUACCCUGAUUCUGGCCCUGCAACCCCGUCCUUCCCCUCCCCAUCCUUGUUCCCCAGUUCGUCCUCCAACGUGUCCAGUCAGAGCGUCCCGUUCCAGGGCAGCAGUACCCUGAUGACUGCGGUCAUCUCCCUGAGUGUGUUCGUGGUCGGCCUGAUCGGUAACACCCUGGCCAUCUACGUGGUGCUACGCUACGCCAAGAUGAAGACCGUCACCAACAUCUAUAUUCUGAACCUGGCAGUCAGAGAUGAACUCUACAUUCUGGGACUUCCCUUCCUCACCACCCAGAACGUUCUCUCCUACUGGCCGUUCGGCUCCUUCCUGUGUCGCGUGCUGAUGACCGCUGACUCCAUGAGCCAGUUCACCUCCAUCUUCUGUCUGACCGUGAUGUCUAUCGACCGCUACCUGGCCGUGGUCCACCCCAUACGGUCUACGAAAUGGCGGCGACCGCGAGUGGCGAAGGUGGUGAGCGCCGCGGUGUGGGCGUUGUCGUUGGUGGUCGUCCUGCCCGUGGUCGUGUUCUCCGGCGUACAGGACACGUUUAACUCGUGUAACAUCAGCUGGCCGGAGCCGCAGGGGGUGUGGUCCACCGUGUUUAUCCUGUACACGGCUACGCUGGGGUUCUGCGGACCACUUCUGGUCAUCUGUCUCUGCUACCUGCUCAUCGUGGUUAAGGUGAAGUCUUCAGGUGUGCGGGCGGGCUUCACCAAGCGCCGGCGGUCAGAGCGCAAGGUGACCCGUAUGGUGGUGAUCAUCGUGGUGGUCUUCGUCCUCUGCUGGCUCCCCUUCUUCAUCAUCAACAUCAUCAACCUCAUCAUCAUCAUCCCAGAGUCCUCUGUGACCGCCGGCGUCUACUUCUUCUCUGUCAUCCUGUCCUAUGUUAACUCCUGUGCCAACCCUCUGCUCUAUGGCUUCCUGUCAGACAACUUCAGACAGAGCUUCAGAAAGGUUCUGUGCGUGCGGAAGGCCAACGGCGUGGAGGAUGGCGACCCCAGCGCCCCGAGGAUGGAGAAAACUAGAGAGACGACAAGAGACGACUCCUUCCUGUCGCCUAGGAACCACGAUGGACACAACGGACUCACACCACAGAAUAGCCAGGCCGUCCAAUUGGAGCCUUGUGGUAGCCCAGGGGAGAAAACAAGGCCCUCAGGGCCCACUGUGAUUUGCCAGUCCUCGCUUUAAACUCACCUGAUUGGCCGGUUUGAAGUCUCUCUCCCUCUCUGUGUCUCUCUCUCUCUCUCUCUCUCUCUCUCUCUCCCUCCAUAUCCCUCCCUCCCUCCCUCUUAAUUCAAUUCAAUUCCGGGGAUUUUAUUGGUAUGGGAAACAGAAGUUGCCAAAGAAAGUGAAAUAGAUAAACUAAAGUGAAAUAAACAAUAAAAAGUGAACAGUAAACAUUACACACAAGUUCCAAAAGAAUAGAGACAUUUCAAAUGUCAUAUUAUGUCUAUAUACAGUGUUGUAACGAUGUGCAAAUUGUUAAAGUACAAAGAGAAAAUAAAUAUGGGUUGGAUUUACAAUAGUGUUUAUUCUGGUUGACCUUUUCUUGUGGCAACAGGUCACAAAUAUUGCACACCGUGGCAUUUCACUCAAUAGAUAUGGGAGUUAAUCCAAAUUUGACUUGUUUUCUAAAGGCUAUGCUCACUGAGUCUGUACAGAGUCAAAGCUUUCCUUCAGCUUGGGUCAGUCACAGUGGUCAGGUAUUCUGCCGCUGUGUACUCUCUGUUUAGGGCCAAACAGCAUUCUAGUUUGCUCUGUUUUUUUGUUAAUUCUUUCCAAUCUGUCAAAUAGUUAUCUCUUUGUUUUCUCAUGAUUUGUUUGUGGAUAAUUGUGUUGCUGUCCUGGGGCUCUGUGUGGUGUGUUUGUGAACAGAGCCUCAGGACCUGUUUGCUUCUCUCUCUCUGUCUCUCCGCCCUCUAUUCUAUCCUUCUCAUUCACUCUCCCUCUGUUUUUCUCUCUCUCUCUCCCUCUGUUUCUCCCUCUCUCUCUCUCUCUCUCUCUCUCUCUCUCUCUCUCUCUCUCUCCCUCUGUUUCUCCCUCUGUUUCUCCCUUUCUCUCUCUCUCUCCCUCUGUUUGUCCCUCUCUCUCUCUCUCUCUCUCUCUCUCUCUCUCUCUCUCUCUCUCUUUCUCUCCCUCUGUUUCUCCCUCUCUCUCUCCCUCUCCCUGUUUCUCCCUCCGUUUCUCCCUUUCUCUCUCUCUCUCUCACCCUCUGUUUGUCCCUCUCUCUCUCUCUCUCUCUCUCUCUCUCUCUCUCUCUCUCUCCCUCUGUUUCUCUCCCUCUCUCCCUCUGUUUCUCUCUCUCUCUCCCUCUGUUUCACCCUCUCUCUCUCUCUCUCUCUCUCUCUCUCUCUCUCCCUCUGUUUCUCUCUCCCUCCCUCUGUUUCUCCCUCUCUCUCUCUCCCUCUGUUUCUCUCCCUCUCUCUCCCUCUCUCUCUCUCUGUUAUCUUUUGAUUACCAUUUACAGAGGAGCUUUAAGUGCAACGACAAACAUAAAGUAAACACCAUCAAACACCACGAAGCAGCAGCGCUUUCAGGGUCGUUGUUACAGAGAUGAGUCCCCUCCAUCUGAAGCUGUUAAGUGACUGAUGCAGGAGUUUGGAUCACCACUUGAUUACAGGGAUGCUCGAAGUGCAGCAACAACAACAACAACAACAGCAGCAGCAGCACGACAAUGCAGUAUGAAGCACCACAGCACUUUCAGGGUUGUUUGUUGCAGAGGAGAGGACACAGAGGUUCAUCUAUUUCAACAGUUGAUUUGUAAAACACGUUCCACUACUUCAGUGUGUUCUGAAUGGCGCUACAUCGCCGUUUCCCAACUGCUCUGUUAUAUAACGCGUUUUUCAUCUUCACGAUUCCUUUUAAAAGUGAUAUUUUACUCUACAAAGUCAAGCUACUAGUUGUGCUGUUAUUUCGUGUCUCUACUAUGCUUUGUAAUGGUGUGGCUUUAUCAGUGUCUGUUUGGGCUUUCUGAGGAGGCUUCUAGAAUCUGUCUCUGUUUGGGCUUUCUGAGGAGGCUUCUAGAAUCUGUCUCUGUUUGGGCUUUCUGAGGAGGCUUCUAGAA